CCUACAUUUUCAUUCAUAUUCACUCAUUCUUUGUGAAUGUUCUGAUCCGAUGGCUACUCCGUAGUUCGAAUCGACGACCAGAAGACCUCCUAUCGGCGAUACAUCACCAUCGACGGAAGAUUCGUCGGAAUAUUCGUCUUCUAAAGCUACUCCGGCGUUCAAAUCGACGACGAUAAGAGCUCUGAUCGGCGAUUUAUCACUGUCGAUGGAAGAUUCACCGGAAUAUUCGUCUUUUAAAGCUACAUCGGCGUUCAAAUCCAAGACUAGAAGAGCUCCGAUCAGAGAUUCAUCACCGUUGACCGACGAAUCGCUGACGUCAUCGUCGUCUAAACGGUGAUUAGAGGAGGAGACGUUCCGUGGUGGUGGUGCAGUUAGGGUCGUUUCUAACGGUGAUUCGAGGAGGAGACGUUCCGUUUCGGUUGCUCGGCGUCAGAUUAGUGACAGGGAGAGCGCGUGUCUUAUAAGAGCAGCUGGGAUCGAGAACACUGCAGAGUUACUCGAGAAGCAGUUGGCUUCCGAAUUAUCAAAAAUGACAUUAGAAGAAGCCUUGAAGCUCGGUAGGGUCUUCAGUCAUUUUCUUAGUUUAAUGGGCAUUGCCGAAAACCAUCACAGGUCACGUAGGACUAAGAAUGUUGCACAAGUCGCAAAAUCUUGUGACGAUACUUUUAAUCAGUUGAUUCACAGUGGUCUUUCGCCAGAUAAACUAUACGACACCAUGUGCAACCAGGAGGUUGAGAUAGUCCUCACUGCACAUCCGACACAAAUUAACCGACGAACACUACAAUACAAGCACCUUAGAAUUUCUCAUCUUUUGGAGGUUAAUGACCGCAAAGAUCUUACGCAAGAAGAUCAAGACGGGCUAAUAGAAGAUCUGGUGAGAGAGAUCACUUCUAUAUGGCAGACAGAUGAACUUCGACGCCACAAACCAACGCCAGUAGACGAGGCUAGAUCGGGAUUAAACUAUAUCGAACAGUCCCUUUGGAAAGCAGUACCGCAAUACUUACGCCGAGUUAGCAAUGCUCUCAAAAAGCAUACCGGAAAGCCACUUCCUUUAACAUGCACACCGAUUAGAUUCGGAUCUUGGAUGGGGGGUGAUAGAGAUGGAAAUCCAAAUGUCACUGCAAAGGUGACAAAAGAUGUCUCGCUUUUAUCGAGGUGGAUGGCUAUUGAUCUUUACACACGCGAGGUUGAAAACCUUAGAUUCGAGCUUUCGAUGAACCAGUGUAGCGACAGACUGUCACAUUUGGUUCACGACAUUCUUCGAAAAGCCUCGGAGAAGUCUGAAGAGGAGCGGUACCAGAGUUGGAACCGCGGUCCGCAAAAGGGUCAUAAUGUUCAUGGCUUACCUUCACAACUGCCUGCCGGUGCCGAUGCACCUUCACAUACAGAUUGUUUCCUAGAAUGCAAUAAAGUGGAAUCUCAUUAUCCUCAACUAGACGUUCCUGGAUCCGAGUACAAGCGCCUGAUAGAGAAUGGAGAAGCUGCUUCAUCUUCAUAUUCAAGCAAAAACAAUCCGAAAUCACAAGGAAACACGAGUCCAUCUCAAACUUCACCACCGAAAGGAUCACAAGCCGGACGCGCGAGCUUCCAGAAGCUUCUAGAACCAAGAAUGCCAGCUCAGAAUUCUUCAAUUUCUCCUUAUAGAACCAUUCUUGGGGAUGUAAAAGAAAAGCUUAUGAACACGCGAAGUCGGUUAGAACAGCUUCUAGAAGGUCAUCCGUGUGACAUGGAUCCUAGUGAUUAUUAUGACACACCGAACCAGCUGUUGCAGCCACUCCUUCUGUUGUAUGAAUCUUUGCAAUCAUGUGGAUCAGGAAUUCUAGCUGAUGGCCGGCUCGCUGACUUGAUAAGAAGAGUUUCGGUUUUCGGGAUGGUUUUAAUGAAGAUCGAUCUACGUCAGGAAUCUGGUAGGCAUUCAGAGACUCUCGAUGCAGUUACCGGAUAUCUUGGCAUGGGAAAAUAUAGCGAAUGGGAUGAAGCUAAAAAACUCGAGUUUCUAUCAAAAGAACUAAAAGGAAAAAGGCCCCUUGUACCACCAACUAUUGAGGUUUCUCCCGAGGUUAAAGAAGUCCUCGACACAUUCAGAAUUGCCGCAGAGUUGGGAAGUGAUUCGUUAGGAGCAUAUGUGAUUUCCAUGGCCUCAAAUGCGAGCGAUGUUCUUGCUGUUGAGCUUCUACAAAAAGAUGCCCGUCUCGCGGUUGCUGGUGCGCAAGGCAGACCAUGUGUUGGUGGGAUAUUGCGAGUGGUGCCGUUGUUUGAAACUGUGGGUGAUUUGAGAGGAGCCGGGGAGGUGAUAAGGCGGUUAUUAUCGAUUGAUUGGUAUCGUGAUCAUAUCAAGAAGAAUCACAAUGGACACCAAGAGGUGAUGGUUGGAUACUCUGAUUCCGGUAAAGAUGCAGGGCGGUUUGCUGCCGCAUGGGAACUUUAUAAAGCUCAAGAAGAUGUUGUGGCUGCAUGCAAAGAGUUUGGUAUUAAAGUUACACUGUUUCAUGGUCGUGGCGGGAGCAUUGGUCGCGGUGGUGGUCCCACACAUCUUGCUAUUCAGUCCCAGCCACCUGGUUCCGUCAUGGGCACACUCCGAUCAACCGAACAGGGCGAAAUGGUACAAGCCAAAUUCGGGCUACCCGGAAUCGCGGUGCGGCAACUCGAAGUAUACACCACCGCUGUCCUUCUCGCCACCUUGAGCCCCCCAAAACCACCACGAGACCAAAACUGGCGCAACCUAAUGGAACAAAUCUCACAAAUCAGCUGCAAAAGCUAUCGAAACACCGUCUACGAAAACCCCGAGUUCCUAACCUACUUCGAAGAAGCCACCCCACAAGCCGAGCUUGGAAACUUAAACAUCGGCAGCCGUCCAACCCGCCGGAAAACCUCCGUCGGAAUUGGCCACCUCCGCGCCAUCCCAUGGAUCUUCGCCUGGACCCAAACCCGGUUCGUCCUCCCGGCUUGGCUCGGCGUCGGUGCCGGCUUAAAAGGCGUAUGCGAAAUGGGCCACGCCGAUGAACUCCGAGCCGCGUACAAAGAAUGGCCGUUUUUCCAAUCCACAUUAGAUUUGAUCGAAAUGGUGUUGGGUAAAGCGGAUAUUCCAAUCGUGAAACAUUACGACGAAGUGUUGGUAUCCGAGAGCAGGAGGGACUUAGGGGAGCAGUUAAGGAAUGAGUUAAUGGCGACCGAGAAAUUUGUGUUGGUUGUUACGGGUCAUGAGAAGCUUUACGGGAACAACAAGAGUUUGAAGAUGCUGAUUGAGAGUAGGUUUCCGUAUUUGAAUCCGUUGAAUAUGUUGCAAGUCGAGAUUUUGAAACGGUUGAGAAGUGAACCGGAGAAUCAUAAGCUUCGCGAUGCGUUGCUUAUUACUAUUAAUGGCAUUGCUGCCGGGAUGAGGAAUACCGGUUAAGGCUAAGCGUUAUGGAAUCGGGAGUGGGUUCCACGUUGGAUGGGGAUGAAGGGGAACACCGCGCCCCCUCCCUAAGUGCAGUUUGUUGCUGGAGACAAUGUUGUUGCAUAUAAUAUUUUUUUAUAUAAAUGUAAAUAAAAUGUGUUUGUUUUUUAUACAAUCUUUCUUUCUCAUUCAUGAUGAUUUGUGUAAAAGAUAUUACAUAUGGGAUUAAUUUUAGUGUGUAUAAAUUCAACAUA